AUGCCCCCCCUCCCAGGCGAAGAACGGCUCCUGACCGUCUUCUCGGACGUUCACUAUUAUUUUACUGCCCCUUCCCCGCAGCCUACACACCACCGAUUCGAUAAGGGCUCCUAUCUCUAUAUCUAUCAUAACCCUACUCAGGGGGGAUCGAGGAUUGAGAUUGCGAACAACCCUGGGACCCGUGAGCAGGACGCUUUCAACGGCUCUUUGUCGUCCAUCCACCUACGAACUUCUGAUACCUUCCCAACUCUCUUUACACUUACUGUAGAUGGAUGUCGAAACAGUAUGGGAGUUGCUCCACCAGCUCAUGGUAGUGGGGAACAUGAGUGGCGCUUAGGAUGGAUGAAUCCAGCGGAUAGAACCAUGUCAUACUACCGUUUACAUACCCUUGACCUCUAUUUCUGGACUCUGGACGAUGCAAAACAAUUCUUAGCCACCGUCAAAAGGCUGUUGGCCCCCAGUCAACUGGAAAAUAUGCAGCAAAUCCAGCCAUCUUCCCAGCAAGCUCCAAUUAGUGCCGUGGUACAAAACCUCGAGAAGGUUGCGAUAUCAGAUCCUGGCUACCAGCAGCAGCAGCAGCAGCAACAGCAGACAAGGCAUGAGCUGCAUUCUGGUGAUGCUCACAGCAUAAAGAAUAUCCCACCACCGCCUCCUCCUCCUCCGCAUCCGACUAUGCAGCCUACGCCUCCUAUCAUUCCUGCCAGCGUCCAGGUUGUGACUCAGCCCGUUAGCCCAAUCGAUGACGCGAUAUCCCAAACAUCUAUUACUCAAGGAAGGCAAGACGCACCGGGUUCAUACGCUCCCCUCGCGUAUAAUCCCGCCGCCCCUCCAGCCCCAGAACCCAUAAAACCUCGCGAGGCGACUCCCCCACCACCAGAGUCUGCCGCGGGCACAGGCCUUUCCACCCCCGGCGUGGGAAUGACUUUCGCUCCGCCUCCUACUGGAGAAAUCGAGAGCCCUCAGCCAAUUCAGCCUCACGGUGUGGGGAAUUUUAACAGCGCUAACCCACAGCCUUACACUGUUCCUGGUGUUCAGGGCACAUACUCGCCCGCACCUUCGAGCAUUCAUCAACAAUCAUACACCCCAGGCCACCCCCCACUUGGCGGUAUGACUUUUGGACCUCCACCAACUACCGCUACUGUACCUCCAAAUGCUCCAUCAGUCACUGCUACUAGCCAUCGCGGGAGCUAUGGGUCAGCCUUCGCGCCACCUCCGCAGGACCCUAAUGCACACUUGUAUGGCCAGCAAAGUUUCGGACCGCCGCCAGUUAACCAGUAUACUCAGCCUCUAACCCAAAACCAGGCCCAUCUUACCCGACGUGAAUCACAAGCUUCCCAGCACUCCGCCGGCGGGUAUAGCUAUAACUAUCCACAACAGCAGCAACAUCAGCAGCAGCAGCCGCCUGGGUCAACUGAUUAUUCCAUACACCAGCAGGUGUAUAUCCCGCCCGGGUCCGAUCAUACCCCCACUGCCAAUAGAAGUGAGCCUGCCAAGUAUGGAAAACUCGGCAGCAGUGCAAUGCGUAUGGAAAAGGGAGUGAACAAACUCUUCAAGAAAUUAGAGAACAGGAUAUAA